AUAUAAAAGACUAAGACAUUAAGAAUAAACUUCCGGUGCAUUGACAUACACGUGCAACGCAGUGACAGUAAAUAAACUUGCGAUGGCGAAGAGUAUAAGAAGCAAGAGAAAAAGGAUGUUAAGAAACAUAAAGAGGGAAAGGUAUGCCAAGAAAGACCUGGAGAAAUUAAAGCAGAUCGUGGCCUCAACGGAGAAUGAGGACGAAACGGAGAUGAAGGAACUGUAUACAGCAAGAAAGCCACUGGGAAGCAAUGAUAAUCCAACAGGUGAAUCAUCAGGUAUGGAAGUGGACACUAAAGCAAGAGAUCCCAAAACUCUCCGAGAUGAAAAUGGACAUUACCCUGUGUGGAUGAACUCCAGGCGGAUCAAGAAGCACAAAGGCAAACUAAAAGCCAUUGCCAAGAAAAAAGACAAGAUUCAGAAGAAGACCACGAAAAGGCGAUGACUUCCCGGAGACUUUGUUGAUUUAUGUAUUUUGUUGACGUUUGAAAAGGGAGAAAAUCCAGUGUGAUUGGGAUUAUGACACCCACAUGAAUAUGGAUUAACUUAAUAGUUAACAAACUUACGUGUAUUGGCAACAUUUGGUUUGCUGUAAAGAACACGAAGAAAUUGAUAUGAAAUAUGGAAUUGUUUACACGUGAAAUUUUGUUAUUUUCCCUUUUAACGUGAGAGAGGAUCUGUCGUUGUUCUGAUGAUGGUAGCCAUUGUCACAAAGGGAAUACUUUGUGAUGGACGUUCAUAGAUUCAUAAUAUGUAUAUCUUUUACUGUUCUUAAAAUUAAACUGGCUGCCUCAUUCA